AUGGUCGACUUCGAUGUGAUCAUGGGCAUGGAUUGGUUAGAGUCCUGUUAUGCCACAGUGGGUUGUAGAACCAAAAUAGUAAGUUUUGAAUUUCCUGGUGAACCAGUCUUAGAAUGGAAGGGUGAUGUAGUAGCACCUAGGGGUAGGUUUAUUUCCUAUCUUAAAGCCAGAAAGAUGAUCUCCAAGGGAUAUAUCUAUCACCUGGUUCGAGUUAAGGAUGCAGAUGCUCAGAUCCCCACUCUCCAGUCGGUACCAAUUGUAAAUAAGUUUCCAGAAGUGUUUCCCGAAGAUCUCCCUGGAGUCCCUCCCGAUAGAGAGAUUGACUUUGGAAUUGAUCUACUUCCAGGCACUAAGCCGAUAUCUAUUCCGCCUUAUAGAAUGGCUCCAGCAGAGUUAAAAGAGUUAAAAGUCCAGCUGAAAGAUCUUCUAGAUAAGGGAUUUAUAAGGCCAAAUCACAAGAGUCUCCAGUACAUCUUCAAGCAAAUGGAAUUAAAUCUACGUCAGAGAAGGUGGCUCGAUUUACUUAAAGAUUAUGAUGUUGAUAUCCUCUAUCAUCCGGGGAAAGAAAAUGUUGUAGCCGAUGCUCUCAGUCGGCAUUCUAUGCGCAACUUAGCUCACGUUGAGACAGACAAGCGAACUAUGAUGAAGGAAGUACACCGCUUAGCAAGCCUAGGAGUUCGACUUCUGGACUUUGAAGAUGGCGGUGUUGUUCUCCAGAACAGGGCUGAAUCCUCCUUAGUAACCGAAGUAAAAGAAACACAGUUCAGUGAUCCCUACUUAUUGCAGCUGAAGGAAGGAAUUCACAAACAGAAGACUAUGGCUUUUGAACAAGGGGGAGAUGAUGGUACUUUGAGAUGCAGAGGCAGACUAUGCGUUCCAGACGUAGAUGGGCUCAGAGAGCGGAUUAUGUCAGAAGCCCACAAUUCCAGGUAUUCUAUUCACCCAGGUUCCACAAAGAUGUAUCAUGAUCUUAAGGAGGUUUAUUGGUGGAACGAUAUGAAAAAGAAUAUAGCAGAUUUCGUGGCGAAGUGUCCAAAUUGUCAGCAGGUGAAAGUCGAACACCAGAGACCAGGCGGUUUAACUCAGAAUAUAGAAAUUCCCAUUUGGAAAUGGGAGAUGAUAAACAUGGACUUCAUAACAGGUCUACCUCGCUCGUUCCGGAAGCAUGAUUCGAUUUGGGUGAUUGUAGACCGACUUACCAAAUCAGCCCACUUCUUGCCAGUGAAGACUACAGAUUCGGCUGAGGAUUAUGCCAAGUUGUAUAUCAAAGAAAUUGUCCGAUUGCAUGGGACUCCUUUGUCCAUUAUCUCAGAUCGUGGUGCCCAGUUCACAGCGAACUUUUGGAAAUCCUUUCAAAAGGGACUGGGCACAAGGGUGAACCUUAGCACUGCUUUUCAUCCUCAGAGAGAUGGCCAGGCGGAGCGCACCAUUCAGACUCUUGAGGAUAUGUUGAGGGCGCAUUUAAAGACGGCUCAAAGUCGCCAAAAGUCCUAUUCGGACGUACGGCGUAGAGACUUAGAGUUCCAAGUUGAUGAUUGGGUGUUUUUGAAAGUAUCGCCCAUGAAAGGCGUUAUGAGAUUUGGGAAGAAGGGGAAACUUAGUCCCCGCUAUAUUGGUCCAUAUAGAAUCCUGCGAAGGAUCGGACAGGUGGCUUAUGAGUUAGAAUUGCCACAAGAACUAGUUGCUGUACACCCAGUGUUUCAUAUUUCCAUGUUGAAGAAAUUCAUGGGAGACCCGUCACUUGUGGUUCCGACAGAGGUUAUAGGGGUUAAAGACAGCCUAUCUUAUGAAGAAAUUCCAGUGGCUAUUCUUGAUCGUCAAAUUUGCAAGCUCAAAACUAAGGAAAUUGCUUCAGUAAAAGUGCUUUGGAGGAAUCAAAGGAUUGAAGAGGCUACAUGGGAAGCCGAGGAGGACAUGAAGUCCAGAUAUCCCCAUCUCUUUGAAGGGCAAAAAGGAAAAUGUGGAAGGUAA